AUGAAUAAUCCAUAUAUACCAUUGAUUGAUCAUCGUGGUAUUUUUAGUAAAAAGCGAAUGCAUUUACAACCAAUGUUGCCAAUUCCUGUUACUUAUGAAUCAGCAGCUAUUCCUAAAUUUGCACCAUUUGGUACUGAAUAUACACCUGAUCAUAAAAUAAGAAUAAUUGGUGGUCGUUAUAUAGCAGUUCCUGAUUCAACUACUGAAUUAUUAAUAAAAAACACGUAG